UUUAAAUGAUAAUGUACACGUGACCGAGGCCACUGCCCAUUUCCAAUGAUGUCACCUAGAGUUGAAAGGUACUGAGCGUGCGUACUGAGGAGCUUACCGUCUGCGGCAGGCACUGUAUCCUAGCAAGAUGGGGACACUAAGUGCAUUUGUUCUGUUGGUUGCACUGGGGUUGGUGACAGGAGAGGAGGGGGCUCGGCUCUUGGCUUCCAAGUCUCUACUGAACCGAUAUGCAGUAGAGGGCCGGGACCUAACAUUGCAGUACAACAUCUACAAUGUCGGCACCAGUGCUGCCCUAGAGGUGGAGCUGUCUGACGAUUCCUUUCCACCGGAGGACUUUGGCAUUGUGUCUGGAAUGCUAAAUGUCAAAUGGGACCGGAUUGCACCAGCCAGCAAUGUAUCCCAUACAGUGGUAUUGCGCCCCCUCAAGGCUGGGUACUUCAACUUCACUUCUGCUUCUGUCAGCUACGUGGCCCAGGAAGGGGGGCAAGUUGUGGUUGGGUAUACAAGUGCCCCUGGACAGGGUGGUAUUUUGGCCCAGAGGGAAUUUGACAGGCGCUUCUCUCCUCAUUAUCUGGACUGGGCUGCUUUUGGUGUCAUGACCUUGCCAUCCAUUGGCAUCCCCCUUCUCCUCUGGUACUCCAGCAAGAGGAAAUAUGACUCUCCCAAGACCAAGAGGAACUAAAUGGCUGUAGGGUGGGGAAUGAUGUUGGUAGAAGGGUUUAAAUUGGGCUUAUGGGUAGUUUUGGGAGGUACAAGAAAGGAAGCAACUAUGGAGGCACAGGAGUAAAAUACCCAUAUUGGGGUUUAAAAGAUGAUGGGGGAGGGGGGGCGCACUGGAGAAAGCGAGUCAUCCUGAAGUAAGACUGCUGGGUGCUUUGGCUCACUACCUCUUGAUACAUUAUGUCUUAAUCUGGAAUGAAUUGUGUUCUGAAAUCAUAUAGGGCUGUGUCGAUUUUGGUAAAUGGUCAAUGUGCCCCAGUGACUUGUCAGCUUUUGGGAAUAAAGGAGUUUUUACAAA